AUGUCUGAUACACUUCGCCCAAGUGACGCUGCCAACCGGCAGCACAACCGCCGCGCCACCUGGGCCGGUGCUACCGCCGCCCAUGCGCAUACAAAGGCUCGGCAUCAGUUCGAGGCUAAAGGUGCCACAAAGCACCUCGAGAGACUCGAGAAAGCCCAAGAGAAGGGAGACUACGGUGUCGCGCUCAAUACUCUCUACCUAGGUCUUUCGGCGAGACAGGACCACCACGGCUUGAUUGAGAUUGGCAUCGCUUCUCACGAUGGAACCUACAGCAUUGACUUUGCUGUCUGGGUUCUCGGGGACGACAAGCGUGACAAUGGCACCUCGAGCAGCAGUGACUCGCCUUCCGCGUCCCGCUCUCACACUCCGGCCCUGCCGUUGGCUGAGGAAGACCGAGAGAAGGUGCUGUCAGACUUCUUCCUCUCCAAGGUCCUCAAUUACCAGAAGGAACACCAUUACAAGUUCGUCGGCGCCGGAAUCACCAAGACAUUGGUUAGCCUCAGCCCGCAACUACCCUCGCGCCUUUGGUGGGAGCUGGACAUAGUACCGUUGGUGUUCGAGCAUGGACUGGAGAAUCCCAACGGGGGACCUGCCGAGGUAGUCACCAUCGACGAAGAAGCCGAUUCCAUGGCCCGGAAGUCGUUGAUGUUCUUUGGUCCCAAUCUGCAACCGAGAGUCCAGGUUGGCUACAAGAACGUCGUCGAAGUCGACUCCAUGGGCCAUGCCCAGAUCACCUCUCUAGAUCAGUACCCGGGUACCGUCGGCGAAAGGACGUGGGAUGCCACCAUGAAAUACGUGACCUCAAUCAAGAAGAACAAAACGAAGAUUGCCUUCUUCAACAGCACACCCCAAGGCGGUGGGGUUGCUCUCAUGCGCCAUGCGCUUAUCCGGUUCUUCCGCCUUGUUGGUGUGGAUGCUCAUUGGUACGUACCGAAGCCGAAGCCCGAAGUCUUCCGUAUCACGAAGACGAACCACAACAUACUCCAGGGGGUCGCCAAUCCCAAGGAGCGCCUCACCGAUGACAUGAAGGAGACUCUUGAUGAGUGGUGCCAGGGCAAUGCCGACCGGUUUUGGCUCAAGCCGGGAAGUCCGCUCGCGCCACGCUCUCAGGGCGGUGCUGAUGUCAUCAUCGUGGAUGACCCGCAGAUGCCCUCUUUGGUCGCGAUCUCCAAGAAGGUGGAUCCAGAUCGUCCAGUCAUCUUCCGGAGCCACAUCCAGGUUCGCUCCGAUCUUGCGGAUCAGCCGGGCACGCCCACAGCGGAAGUUUGGGACUGGGUCUGGAAUCACGUCAAGCAGGCCGACCUCUUCAUCAGCCAUCCCGUGCGCGACUUCAUCCCCAACUGCGUCGACUUCAAGAAAGUUGGCUACCUGCCCGCCACGACCGACUGGCUCGAUGGUCUCAACAAGGAUAUGAACCAGUUCGUGACUGAAUACUACUUCCACGAACUAAGCACCGAAGCGUACCGUCAGCGCGUGAACCGCUUGGACUUCCCCCGCCGUCAAUACAUUGCCCAAAUCGCCCGCUUCGACCCAGCGAAGGGCAUCCCAGAUGUGCUCGCUUCCUACGCCGAACUCCGCCGAAACUACCUCAAAGGUUGGCCACGUCAGAAGACGCCUCAGCUCGUCAUUGCUGGCCACGGCGCCGUCGACGACCCGGAUGGCUCUAUGAUCCUGGACCAAACGCUUUCCCUCCUAGAGGGGAAAUACAGCGACAUCGCCGAGGACAUCGUCGUCAUGCGCCUCGGUCCCAGCGACCAGCAGCUCAACGCCCUGAUGUCCAACGCCAAGGUCGCCCUCCAGCUGUCCACGCGCGAGGGUUUCGAAGUCAAGGUCUCGGAAGCCGUGCACAAGGGCAUUCCCAUCAUCGCGACCAAGGCAGGCGGCAUCCCACUCCAGGUGCAGGACAAGAAGUCGGGCUUCCUCGUCGAGCCGGGCGACUACAAGGCCGUCGCGAAGCAUCUGUACCAGCUCUUCUCGGACAGCGAGCUGUACCAGGACAUGUCCGAGUACGCCGCCAAGCACGUCAGUGACGAGGUGAGUACCGUUGGCAACGCGUUGGCGUGGCUGUACAUGGCCGACAGCUUGGCCCAGGGCAAGACGCUUCUGCCCGAAUCGAAGUGGAUCAAUGACAUGGCGAGAGAGGAGGCUGGCAUGCCGUACGUAGAGGGCGAGACCAGGCUGCCGAGGAAGAAGGAGUUGGACUUGAAGGGUUGA